CGAGCCGCGAAUAUGGCGCUGUUCGAGCAGAUGCGAGCGAACGUGGGGAAACUGCUGCGGGGCAUCGACCGGUACAACCCCGAGAACCUGGCGACCCUGGAGCGCUACGUGGAGACGCAGGCCAAGGAAAACGCCUACGACCUGGAGGCCAACCUGGCCGUGCUGAAGCUGUACCAGUUCAACCCCGCCUUCUUCCAGACCGGGGUGACGGCGCAGAUCCUGCUCAAGGCGCUCACCAACCUCCCCCACACCGACUUCACCCUCUGCAAGUGCAUGAUCGACCAGGCCCACACCCUGUUGUGCCCCCCAGAGUCGCAGCUGAGGGUGUGGAUGAGCAAAUACGGGUGGACAGAGCCAGAGCCGGGGCGGAUCCUGAUCUCCAACCAGGAGGAGAACAUCAAACCCAAGAACAUCGUGGAGAAAAUCGACUUCGACAGUGUGUCAAGCAUCAUGGCAUCCUCUCUCUGAGCC